AUGCUGUCACGACAGAAGUGUCUUCCGCUGGAGCGGCACAAGUUCCGGAACCUGGCACAAACCGACGAUGAACCCAUCGAGAACUUCGUUCUUCGCCUCCGAGAACAAGGCAACCUCUGUGAGUAUGGUGACCACUUGGACGAGGAAAUCAAGGAACAGCUUUUCGAAAAGGGUGCAUCGGAUGACUUGCGAGCGAAGAUCCUUAACAAACCGCAAAUGACACUGGCUGAAACAGUGGAAGCAGGUCGAGCGAUGGAGACAAUCGAGAAGCACAAGACGAACACGACCGUGGCCCAGGCACCGGAAGAAGUCCACCGAGUAAGAUCCAAGGCAAAGAAACGGGAAUGCUAUCGAUGUGGCCAUCGGGGCCAUUUCGCCAACGACGAGAUCUGCCCUGCGAAAGACCAGCUGUGCAAGCAUUGCGGCUUAAUAGGCCAUUUCAAGAGCUGCUGCAGGACAAAGAAGCAGAAGAAGAAGGUGAGCGGAAAGGGUACGCGACACGCAACGGCCAAGCAUCACUCUUGUGAUUCGGGUGACUCCGAUGACACGGAGAAACAAAGCGGAAGCGAUUCGGAUGAGGACAGUAUGCAGUAUCUCUUUGCGACUGAUCCGAUUAGAGAAGGAAGAGCUGUGUGCGCUGUUGGAGACGUUCCUAUCGAGUGGGUGAUCGAUUCAGGAGCCGGCGUGAACGUCGUUGAUCGUCAAACCUGGGAGUACCUGAAGCAGCAGAAGGUGCGCGUCAACUUCCAGACAACUGCAGCAAAGAGAACGGUGAAGUCGUUUAUUGGGCAACCGGUACAAAUCGCUGGAAUGUUUUCUGCGAAGAUUGCUACGAAGGUAAAGGGAGUCGAAGCAGAGAUCUAUGUGGCGAAGAUGCAACACCCUUAA